AUUUUAAUCUUUAAUUUAUGAGUGAAUGAAUCAAAAGGUAAUUGAUUGGCAAUUGAAAUAAGAUUAAAAAUAUCCCCAAAGUAAAUGGGUAAUAACAUCGGUAAACAUGGCGCUUUUAUAGAUUCCCAAAAGGUUUUUAGUGCAGGUGAGAAGGAUAAUAUUAUAAAGUUGUGUGAUAAAUUGAAGAGUGAGAAAUCUAAUGAAAUACCACUUAAUAAAUUUAAAGAGUUGGUUGAACUAUAUUUGCCCAAUUACAUCUCAGAUCGAUUAUAUACCCAAAUUUGUAAUUUAAAUACACUCUUGAAUGACCAAAAAAAUCUUUCUACAGAGAUUUUUAUGGUUUCAUUGGCACAUAUUUUGAAAGGUAAUGUAGUUCAAAGAGCUCAUUUGGUUUUGAAAUUAGCCACAGAAAAUAAAGCUGCAACACCAUUGGAAAUGAUUGGUUUUACACAAGCUUUUAUAGAUGCAUAUUUUUCAAUUAUUAAAAAAUCUGUUAAUUUAGCCACCUGGAAUAUAAAAAUUAACACAGAUUCUGAUCAAAGAUUAGCUUUCCAUCUAUUGGCAGAAUUAUUUUGGCCUAAUCAUGCAGCAAAUGAAGGAACCUUGCCUAAUAAAGAAUAUACCGAAGAUGAUAUUGAACGCUGGUUACAAAAUUCCAUUAUGACAUCUUCUAUAAUAAAUAGGGUCUUUCAUAAUGUUUUUCCCAUAACUCCAGCUGAAGAAAGAAUUGCUUUACCAAUAAUACCUUUAUGCGAAAAAUUGGAUUGGUCAAAAUUCGGUACAGUUAUGGACUUAUCGUCACUCAUCGUGCUAAAUAAUAAUUGUCCUUCGGAUUUAAGAAACGUGUGGCGAUUGCUAUACUCAACCAAAUUAAAUGGGGAGAGCUUUGUUCGAUUGAUUAGGCAUAUAACUUAUGCCGGUCCAUGCAUUUUAAUAGUGCAAGAAAAGAAUGGAAAUGUAUUCGGGGGAUUUGCUUCGAGGACUCUAUUUCCUAAAUCACAAUUUCAGGGAAGCGAGUCUAGCUACUUAUUCUCACUGAAACCCCACAUCAGAAUAUACCAUGCAGACGGUAACAAUGGCAACUAUGUCUACAUUAACAUUAAUCAACAAACUCUCCCCAAUUGUUUUGGAUUUGGUGGCCAACUGAAUUAUUUCGGAGUCUCCGUAGACUCUAAUAUGCAAACCGGAACCUCUACAAAAUGUUUGACUUAUAAGAGCCCCAUGCUAUCGGAAAAAUCGCACUUCGACAUAGAAUCAAUAGAAGUUUGGGGAGUAGGUCCCGAAUCUUCGGAAAGACAACACUUUUUGCAAAAACGGUUCAGUCUUCUCGACGUGGACCCAGAUGUUACAGCCAUGCUGACUUUGCUCAAUAAGGGGCCUCACAGUGAGGGGAUGAGAGAGGAUGACCCUAACAGUAGUACACCAGAAAUUAGGAAUUUGUUAUAGAAUAAAGGGUUGUCACUUUUGCAGAUAAAUUGUUAGAUAUAUUAAAAUUUUUUAAAAAAACUCACAUUUAUAAUUUAUUAUCCAAUUAUGCUUCCAUGAUUAUAUUAUAGUUUUUUUUAGCAUAUUAGAUUAGGACUUAAAAUAAAUUUUGUGAUAAACUUAAUUUUUUUUUAUUUCAAACUUAUUUAAAUUUUAAAAUUCGGUUUAAAAUUAGACCGUGAAUUGUUGUAACAAUGACCAAUAUGUAUUAAUAUUAUUUAUUUGCCUCGUAUAAUAUAUCAAAUAUCAUUCCAUAUCUUAAAAAAAUAUAUAUAUUAUAAAAUUUAAUAUAAGAAAAAAUUAUUUAUAUAACUGUUGUAGCACAAUUGAUCGCCCCAAAUAUUAAAAAUUUUAAUCUGCUAAAUUAUAUUUGAAAUUGAUGAAACAUGUCCCAAUAGUUCUCUCAAUUAGUUUUUAAGAAUAGGAAGAAAAUAAGGAAUAUUAUAUGUUUUUGUUAAUCAUCUAUAUGAUGAUUUAAAGUUCAUUAUAAAUCUUUAUCAUGACCAAUAAAAAUCAAUUAUAAAUUUAGUAAUCUUGCCUCCCCCCACCCCCCAGGAAAAGAAAUCAUAGUUGUAACUUUGUAAAAAAAGUAAAAUAAUCUUUCUAAAUUUGAUAUACAUUAUUUUUUUCAAAAUUAAAAUUUUUAUAGACGGUGCGAUCAUUUGUGAUGUAUUAAAAUCAGACAACUUAUAUAAUUCCAUUUAUUUAUUCAUAA